UCAGGGCACCCCUCACACAGCGUGCUCUGCAUUGCCAGCUCUUUUAUUUUAACUGAAGCAGAGGGCGGCUAGAAGGUGUCAAAAGCAACGAUGUCGGGUAAGAGCUUCCAGGGACUGAAGCAACAGGCAGAAAGUGCAGCAAAAGAUGCUGCAAAUGCAUUGGGACAGGCUACUCAGGAUGCAGUCAACCAGGUUGCAGAUGCAAGCCAGAAAGCUAUUGAUCAGGCUUGCAAGACAGCUCAAGAUGGUGUAGAAAAAGCAACUGGACAAGCUGCAGAAGCAAUGUCUGGCUUGGGGAAAAAGUGUGGAUUUAAGAAAUGAUACUAACUUAAGCAAACAGUAUUGCAUGUAAAAUGCAUCUUUGUUCUGCAAUUCCCUACGCCUUUGUGUAGAAAAAUGAAAGCUGUUUGAGAUAUGGAUAACUCUCUCUCUUUCUCCAAAUACAUCAUUUUAAGACAGACUGCCCUCCUUACCCUUCACGUAGGAAAAACACAUAUUUUAGCACAUCUUGUAUCAUCUGUUCAUAAUGUUCUGUGCAAAAUGGGUCAUAAGUUUUCAGCAAUGUUAUUGCCCUGCUCUUUCAACAGCCCAGUAAUUAUUGCCACACUCGUUGAGUUACUUCCAUAAAUACUGAAACCAGCAGUCUCCCAGCACACCAGAGCAUUCAUAUUACGAAGCUAAGCUGCCUUCCAGUAAUCAAAACUUGUUAGCGUUAUAUUUCACGUCAAUUGUUCAUUUAUUCUGUUAUGUUGUAUUUCUAUGUUAAAUAAAAAAUACAGUAAUAUUUCUCCCCUUUCCCCCGUUGGCUGUAUAUCACCUUGUUAUGUACACUUGUUAUUAUAUUGGGCUUUCAGUAAAGGAUCUCAUAACGU